AUGGCAUACUAUUCUGUACAUAGAGUAGUGCUAAAUAAGUCUCUUGCAAUUGGAGUUGCUGGAACUUGCCUCACAGCGCUGGCAUCUCUCCCAGCUAUUGCGGCCAUUAUUUCUCGAUACCGUCUGAAAAAGAAGAGUGACCUUUACCAAUCUUUAAGCCAACUAUAUCAUGAUCAAGAUGGUGUUGCAACCGAAGAAUCGUCCGAAGCAUUCUCGGAUAGGUUCCAGCGGACCUUGAUCGCAUUGGUUUCACUGAUAGGUGUUUUGACAUCUUUGGUGAUUGCAGUGCUUGAUACUGAUGGCCACGGCGGCCACAGCCAUCAGCCAGUUCUAGCACAGUGGCUUGUUUUUGCAAUUUGGGGCAUGCUUCUAACCCAAGCUACUGCACUAACUGUAGAGCCGUUUUCAACGAAGAGAUAUGACUUGGGCAUGUUCUCGCUCCCUCGUCGGCCCGACGUGUAUAAGGAUGGGAAACUUGUGGAUCAGCAAUUUACUCGCACUCUCUUCGGCCGUGUUUCAUUCAUUUGGGCCGGCCCUUUACUUCAAUUCGCGAUCAAAAACCGAAGGCUGGAAGUUGAUGACCUUCCAGCGCUAGACCAUGCAACUCGCUCACGUACCUUGCGGGAGGUUUUCGAUAAGGCAAGAAAGAAGGGCGAAAAGCUCUGGAGGACACUGAUUCGAAUCUACGCUUUCCCGCUGAUGUCCCAGGCCUUCUUGGUUACCUGUUCAGCAUCCUUGAGCUUUGUCCCACAGUACUGCCUACUUAAAAUUCUACGUUCUCUUGAGCAGCGCGGCACCAAUUUGUGGGAUCCUGUGGAGGCUUGGAUCUGGGUGUUUGCACUUGGUGGCUCUACCCUUCUUGCGUCAACGAUUGAGUCUUGGUUAUUUUGGCUAUCUCAAUACCAACUGGGUAUUCCAGUUUAUGAACAGCUUUCCGCUGUGGUUUUCGCGAAGUCGAUGAGACGGAAGGAUGUCAAAGGUGCACAAAAGGCUGACGAGACAGCUGAGCCGGGAAGUAGUGCAAUGCCAGAUGACGACGAAGAUGCGAAAAAGACAAGACAAGCCACCAUCAACCAUGUUGCAGUGGACGCUAAUCGAGUUGCGGACUUCGCAGCCUACAAUUGUUUUGUCAUCCUCAUUAUUGUCAAAGUUACCAUCACCGUUAUAUUCCUCAGCAACUUGAUAGGCUGGAAAGCUCUAUGCUCCGGGCUACUUGUAUCGUUGCUUAUAACACCCCUAAACAUAUACACGGCCGGGAAAUAUACCAUUUCGCAAAAGGCGCUGAUGAAACACCGUGACCGGAAAAUGGGAGUGAUUUCGGAGGCACUUCAAGGUAUUCGCCAAAUCAAAUUUUCUGCCAUAGAGCACCAGUGGGAACAAAAGAUAUUUGACGUCAGGGAAGCCGAGCUAAAGGCACAGUGGCAAGCCUUCAUAUACGAUAUCCUCCUGAUAACUAUCUGGAUUAUCGGGCCUGUCAUGCUUUCUGCUGUCUCCCUAGGAGUAUACACUUUAUUAUACGGCGCGCUUUCCGCAUCUGUGGCCUUCACAACAAUCUCUGUAUUCACAUCCAUGGAAUUUUCCCUGGCAGUUUUACCAGAAUUGAUCGCCGAUUUCAUUGAGGCAUUCGUCAGCACAGGCCGUAUUGGGAAAUAUCUCGAAUCUGCAGAAAGGGUCCAGACGACUAUACCCGGAGACUAUAUCUCUUUUGAAAAAGCGACUGUGGCGUGGCCUGCCGAAGAGCUAGAUGAUGGUAGCGAAAGGUUCAUGCUGCAGGACCUAGCUCUCGAUUUUCCUUCCAAAGCACUAAGCAUUAUCUCUGGUAAGACAGGCUCUGGAAAGAGUCUGCUUCUUGCAGCCAUCCUCGGUGAAGCUGACAUCAUCGACGGGACUAUUCGUGCACCCGUAGCGCCACCAGUUGAAGAGAGAUUUGAUGAUAAGGCUACAAAGGCGAACUGGAUAAUCGACUCGGCUAUUGCGUUCGUGGCCCAAGUACCAUGGAUUGAAAACGCCUCUAUCAAAGAUAAUAUAUUAUUCGGACUUCCUCUUGACGAGGAGAGAUAUGGAAAGGUUAUAUUUGCUUGCGCGCUAGAGAAAGAUUUUGAAAUGCUUCCUGAUGGCGAACUUACGGACAUAGGCGCAAACGGAAUCAACCUAAGCGGUGGCCAAAAAUGGAGAAUAUCGUUUGCACGAGCGUUAUACUCUCGUGCUGGAAUUCUGAUUAUGGACGACAUAUUUAGUGCUCUCGAUGCGCAUACUGGACGGCAUUUGCACAUCCAUGCUCUAACCGGAGAACUAUGUCAAGGGAGGACUAGAAUCCUUGUUACCCACCAUGUUGGCCUCUGUCUACCACAAGCAGAUUACGCUGUCCACCUCGAGCAUGGUGUAAUCAAAUACGCUGGGUCUUUGGCCGAGCUACAACGAACAGGGAAACUCAGCGAAAUUCUUGCUGAAGAAGCAGAUGAAGUAGAGACGAGUAAAGCUUCCAAUCAGGUCCAACCCAAGGCCCCCCUAAAGCCAACCACACAAGUAGACUCUGCUGGUGUGCAGGGUCAGAAGAAGGAACCUCCGAAAAAAUUUCAGCAGGCAGAGGGCCGUGAGGUUGGUGCUGUUAAACUAGAGAACUACUUGAAAUAUCUCCAAAGUGGAGGAGGGUUGCCCUACUGGGCAAUGGUAAUGUUCUUUUUUGUCCUCUAUUCGGCUUUGGCGGUCUUCCGUUCGUGGUGGAUUAGUAUUUGGACGAGGUCUACCCAAAAUACCCCUGAGCAAAAACUAGAUAUUAUGUUUCACGUCGUCAACCACGUAUCAACCCCCAAAGCACCCUCCUCGGAUACACUAUGGUAUUAUCUUGGAAUCUAUGUUGCCUUAUCUAUUCUAUCGUGCGUGAUUGGGACCCUCAGAUACGCCACUUUCCUAUGGGCUGCAAUUCGAGCAUCACGAAACCUAUUCCGAAAGCUCACGUAUACUAUCCUUCGAACUCCUUUACGCUGGCUCGAUACCGUCCCUGUUGGUAGAAUCUUGAACCGGUUUACUGCAGAUUUCAACCAGAUCGACUCUCGACUUCCGUAUGACUUUUCAAGUCUGCUAUACAACGUCUUACAGAUACUUGGCAUUAUAGCCGCCGGUGUCCUCGUUUCGCCCAUGCUAAUAAUCUUUGCGUCAACCUUGCUGUUGAUAUGCUUCUACUACUCAAAUCGCUUCCUUCAGGGUGCUCGUGAGAUCAAACGUCUGGAGAGUAACGCCAAAAGUCCAAUAUUCGAGCAAUUCGGGUCUGCGCUAAUAGGGCUCGGCACAAUCCGUGCCUUCGGUAAAGGGCAAGCUUACGUCGAACGCAUGUACGGAAAAAUUGACUGCCACGCGAAGGCUUAUUGGAACCUGUGGCUAUUUAACAGAUGGCUUGGUUUCCGCAUGAGUGCCAUCGGGGCUAUUUUUGCCACUGCUACCGCAGCCUUCAUUGUAUCCCUUAAAGGAAUUGAUGCCUCUCUUGCUGGAUUUGCUCUUAGCUUUGCUCUGCAGUAUACCGCUGCAGUAACCUGGACGCUACGCAAAUAUGCCAACGUCGAGUUGGAGAUGAAUGCAGCGGAGAGAGUAUUCGAGUAUUCCAACCUUGAGAUCGAAAACCAGGAAGGCUUGGAUGCACCUGCUGGAUGGCCAACGGAAGGUCACCUUGAGGUAUCAGACCUUGUUGUUAGCUAUGCUCCAGAACUACCCCCCGUUUUGAAAGGACUAUCUUUUACCGUCGAGAAGAAUCAGCGGGUUGGCGUGGUUGGUAGGACUGGGGCGGGCAAGUCAUCUCUAACCCUAGCACUGUUUCGUUUCUUAGAGGCCCGAUCAGGAUCUAUUCAUAUAGAUGGUAUUGAUGUUUCAAAGAUCAAAUUGGCACAUCUCCGAAGCCGCCUUGCCAUUAUACCACAGGACCCAGUUCUAUUUUCAGGAACCAUUCGCUCAAACUUAGAUCCGUUCAACGAAUAUUCCGACUCUGAGCUCCAGAAUGCCUUAGAACGUGUUCAUUUAGUUCCAUCCGCAGACCAGAUCUCUUCAUCCUCUUCCGUUGCCAAUGCACCUGUGGUAUCAGAGGAAUCAGGCUCGAGUACCCCGACUGCAGUUGGAACCGAUUCUGCAAGCAGCACCAUGGCGAGCAAAGGCGGCAUAAACACCAAUAUCUUCAAGAGUUUAAAUUCAAACAUAUCGGAAGGUGGCCUUAACCUUUCUCAAGGUCAACGCCAAUUACUAUGCCUAGCACGAGCCAUUGUGUCUCGCCCAAAGAUCAUGGUUCUCGACGAGGCCACCUCCGCCGUCGAUAUGGACACGGAUGCCCUUAUCCAGCAAUCAAUCCGCUCCGAGUUUGGUCGUAACUCAACUACGUUACUCGUCAUUGCCCAUCGCUUAAGUACUAUUGCAGACUUUGAUCGUAUUCUGGUUUUGGAUGCUGGAAAGGCCGUGGAGUUCGGCGAACCGAAGGAAUUGAUGAGUAUCGAAAAUGGUGUGUUCAAAGGGUUGGUGGAAAAUAGCGGAGAGAGAGAGACUUUGGAGAAUAUUAUUUUGAACUAA